GUUGGCUGCGGGGUUUCAAAAGUGGUAUACACACUAGCAGAAAGACAUUAGGGCCUGAUAAGAGGAUUUGGUCAAAAGUGAUCUCGUACCGCUAUUCUAUAUAGUACCCAAGCUAUAUCAGAGAAAUAUCGUUACUUCAGAGCGUCGACCGCCGUCACAUCCGAGGCAGCCUGUAUGAUCCGGACAUUUCCGAGUUGAGUGGUUUCGUCUCGUGCAUCUCAUAGUGUAAAGCGACCGGUCAUUCUUAUGGCUUGUAAGGUCUGUUUGUAUUCUUAGAUCGAAUGUUAUACCAGCUUUCCAUGUGCGGGAUUUUGGAAGAAUAUGACAGCGACAUGACAGGAUCGAAUGCUUACUGAUACACUGAAGGAUGCCAGUUGACAUAUGAACCUUCAAGGGUCGUUGCUGUUCCGCCUUCCUUCAAGGCCUGUUACAUGUAUGUAUGACUAGGGUUGUAUGUAUGCACCUAUUUGUUACACACAUAUCUGUUCAUUAAAAUAUAUUUGUGUCUCGUGAUAAACGCAACAAAGACUGUUAUUCUCGACAGGGAAUAUUGUGAACAGUUAGAAUACAGAUGACUGUUGUACCAGGAUGUCGGACGCAAAGGUUCAUAUAGUGACAUGCUUGAACGAUGACUGUGAAAUACAGUAUCAUGCUCGUAUGUGUGAAGAUCUGGAGAGACAGGGGGUCGUGUGCGUCAUGGAAGGGAGGGGGGAUUAUGGCAUCGGAUCUACUUUUAUGGAGAAGUUCAAGGAAAUGGUGGAAAGUACCCUUGUUACAAUCAUACAUCUCUGUCCUGACAUGAUCAGCCGACUGACGAAUCUAUCUGACGUUCUCCAAGGUCACCAACGUCAGAAAUAUUUAUUCAUUCACGUCAAAUCUACCCCGAAGGAAAUUCCGGAGAUUUACAAGAAAGUUACUAAGAUGCUCUUAGUAAAGGAUUCAUAUUAUAAAAAUAUCAUAGACAAGGUUGUGGGGAUUGUGCAACAGCCUAUCUGUGCGUCGUCUGCUACUGAACUGAUCCACACGUCUGCUACAAAACUGUCGUCUGCUUCAGAAUUGUCACCCGGUGCUAAACAGUAUGAUGAAUAUUAUUCAGAUUCUGGUAUGCGUGCUCAUUCCGACAUACCGCUAAGAGAGCAUGACAAGUUUAUCCGUCAUGUUGAAGAUCAGCAAUGCAGAGAUACUGGUGUGUACUUUUUGUCAAGCAAGAUACACUACAAGGCUCAUGAUCUCCUGAAAUGGUCAUCCAAAACGCAACUUCGGGAGAUGUGCCGCACGGCUCAACUUUAUGACAGUAGCAACAGAUCAAACACAGUUCGCUGUCUUCUGGCCAAAGUUCUUCCAGAAAUCUUUGCAAAGAAGAACAUACCUGCAAUUGCUGAACUCUUGGCAGUUCCAGUUUCUGUGAUACAGAAUAAAGUUCUUACUAAACUAAGGGACAUCCUACUUUCAACUAAACCCGAAGAUAUUGAUCGUUCUGAUCUUCAGUCAGCUGAAAAGGCUCUGUUUGAACGCUGUCUGACAAGGACUGGUUUCCUACAACCAGAGUUCCUGCCUACUUUGAUCUGCACGUACCUUCUGACUCUCGUCUAUUUGGUUGUGUCACAAGGCAGUGAUUAUUCACAACUAGAUUCCACGAUCCAACGGAUACAGCAAUACAUUUCAAAGAAAAAAACAGGCAACUCAUAUAUUGUUGAUGACAUAAGUCUUUUUGUUGAUGACAUCCAAAAACGUAUUGAUGACAUUGACAAAGCAGUGACAACAAUUGGAACGAAUCGGAAGCACCUUUCCCCCGUGAAGAAGAAGUCUUGGCCGAUUCAUUUUUCUAUGGUUUUGGGAACACUUAUUGAGGUGUUUCACGGCGACCCCCAGACGGCCAUUGCGGCCUUGGACACUCUUCCACUGCUGCUUAAGCCAGGCAAACCCAGUGUAAAGAACGUGUUGCAAAAAACCAAACCGCACGAGAGAGUCAUACAGAUGGUCUCAACUGGAAUGGUUGCAUACCUGACUGCCUUGGGAGAUACAGUAGGCGAGGACAUAGAAGAUCGUGCCAAAUCUGCUUUCACAGCUCUUGGAUUGUCACUAAAGUACUUGGACAGAAGUAUGUUCGGUAUGGCGAGAUGUUUGCUGUUUUCACAAAGUCCAGUAAUCAGACAAGGUGCCAUGACCCUGUGGAAAGAUGCCAAUGAUGAAACAACUGAAUGUUUAAUGGUGUCAGAGGUUCUGAAACACCUACAGCCAAUCAGCAUCAACCUCCGGCACAAACAAACAACGGACCAUUCCACCAGCAGUACCAAGUGGAAAUUAGCUUCUACUCGAAUUGGUACAGACAAAAUCAUGAUUCACGUCAAUUUACCAUCAGAGAAACGAAGCAAGAAUAGUCUGUCGGAAUGUGGUCAUCUCACAACAGUCGAGAUUCUGAGAGCUCUGUCAACACACCCGCAUAUUCUGUCUAUGUGGGCAUACAGAAUCGACCAGUUCCCUGUGUUCUACAUCACUGAUGAUUACAGUCAACACAACUUCCAGGAGGUGCUUUAUUAUAGUGCCAAGGACGAGGCAUGGUUUCAACCUCUUGAGCUCAUGCAGUUUCUUAUACAAGCUCUGGAAGCAGUUAUCGCCCUUCAUGAACAUGGCGUUAUACAAAGAGAUCUUACAGCUGCCAGUUUUGCAUACGACAAACAAAGCAAGUCAAUCAAGCUAUGCCGCUUCAUGUUGGCGCGAAAAUGUGGACGAGAAGAAACUGUUGUCGACAGAGAAUGUUUGUCCAUUCCCAUGAGAUGGUCUGCCCCAGAGUCUCUCAAGCGACAUCACUUCUCUAUGCGGUCUGAUUACUGGAUGGUUGGACAUCUCAUCUAUGAAGUCAUCACACACGGCUGCCUCCCCUACUCAGAUCUCGAAGGGCAAAAUGAAUACACCAUUGAAAAACUGAUAAAGGAAAACAAAAAAAAGUUACUCCAAGAAAGAUGCAUCCCAACAUCCGUGUUUGACGUCAUCCAAAGUUGCACUAGUUUUGAUGACACACAUCGGAUGUCGGUGUGUGAAGCAAAAAGCAGACUGGAGGAGACCUACGAUCGUUACGAAGACUGCAAUGAGCUUCCUAACAGGAUAACUUCAGUAACACCUGAUGUUUUGUUUCCUGGACUUGACAGAACAUCAUUUCAACAUCUCCAGAAUGAAGGUCCGGAUUAUGGCGAGUGUGUUUAUUACGGCUUCCGAAACUUGGAAAGUACUCCCGACAUGAAUGAUGACCCGUAUGAAGAAUUUGGAGUAAUGGAUGGUGUAUAUUUUCCGCUUGUUUCAAGUCAGAGGAUGGACAAACUGCUCCGACGUUUGACACAAAAAGAGGAGUCACAGUUGAACACAGAAAGCAUCCCAGGAAUAUACAGCCGUGUAGAAGUUGUGGAAAAGAAUCAAACAGAAUACCUGGUGUACAACUUCCCAGCUAGAGACUGGGUUUCCUUGAACAACGUGGUGGACGUAAAGAGGUUCGGCCUCUGGUCUGUGGAGUACAUUCGCUGUUUGAGUGCAGUAGCAAAGACGUUGUCUCUUCUACAUGAGCGAAAAUGGGUCCACGGUUGUCUGAGUACAGAUAACAUAUGGAUAUCUGAUACUGAAGGUGAAUGCAAGGUAUACUUCUCCGACCUUGGGUACAUACGAAGAUCAUGUGACACUGAGGAUGGGGUGAUUACUGAUGAAAGUUUUGUUGUACCACAGGAUGAACAUGUGUACAGAAGAUCACCCCCUGAGGUAUUACGAAACGGUACCUACUCCUGGGCGAGUGAUGUCUUCAGUUUCGGCCUUAUCUUGUGGAAUGGUUUCUUUAAGUUUGGAUCUUUCCACUAUGAAAACACACUGGAGAGAAUUCCGAAGAACAAGCUGUAUGAGUAUCUGACUACUACACCUGGACAUCAGAUUCUCCCGAAACCUGCUAAGUGCCCGGAUGCAAUCUACUCCCUCAUGUGUGUCUGCUGGAACCCUGCACGACAUGAAAGACCACGAAUGAGUGCUGUUCGACAGAAACUAUCGGAAGCUAUGAGAGAAGUGCCUCUUAGCAGCCAUCCAGAUACAUACGCUUCUCCAGAUAAUAAGGGGCAACCACUUGAAGAUCAUUAUUAUAAAAAACUUAUGCCCAAAGUUUCUGACUACGAGAGUUGCACAGAAUAUUUCUUACAACGUCAGCUGUCGCUCUCGGAAGAGUCCUCCUUGCAAUGUGAUGGACCACGCUCAUCCGUUGCUUCAUCUUCGCAGGUCGGUGGAAGCACUGAUGUUUUGCUUGACAGUGAAACGAGUUUAAAAUCGGAAGAAAGACAAACCUUCAAAAUUUCAGCGAGUACCAAUAAACCCAGCUUUGAACCGGACGAUUUCACAAGCAAUGAGAACAGCUGGAAAGACAUACAUUUACAGAAGUUCCUUGAGGCAUCCAUCCAGGUAACAUCGUCAAAACGAUCGGGAUCAAGCUCCUUACAGAAAUUGACAUCUUUGGAUCGAUCUAAAUGUCUCUCACUUCCAAUAGAAAAGAUUUCCAUGAGUAGCAAAGAUACCUGUUAUAAAAAGUUAACUGAAUCAAUGAACAGAGUUGAGUUGAAGAAAAGGAAAGGCAAACCAAGUAUCCCUCCAAAGCCAAAACAUCUGCUUAGCAAAACAUAUGAUGCAUCCUUGGGGGAAGAUGAUCCAUGCAGGUUAUGUUCAAGUGAUGAUCAUACAUAUGAAAAGGUUUCAAAACCUGUAAGUUCGGGUACUGAAUUGUCUUCCAGAAACAGACCAGAAUCACAGCAACAGGUAAACCAAAUUGAGCUUAAUAAGCCCAGCACUACGCCACACUGGCUGGCAAAUGCCAAUAAAAGUCCCCCACCUGUACCACAGCGUCCAGCGCCACAACUGAAGAGUAAAACUAGCACAUGAUGCACCAGUUGAGGACGACCCUCCAUAUGUACAAUUAAGUACAUGUUCUUGUUCCAUAAACUUCAUUCUACUGCAAUUCAUAUGCUCUUCAUUAAGCUGCAUCAAGUAUACAUGGUCCAAAUGCAAAUCGAUUUCAAAUGAGCAUUGAUAAAUGAAGGAAGGAAGAGUAAAGGAAGGAAGAGUGAAGGAAGGAAUUAAUGAAUAUCUUAAUCUGCUCCAGACAAUUCAGAAGAUUCGCAAAGCAUCUAAGAGUAUGUAAUUAUUUACAUACAAAUUCAUCAUACACAUAAAUGACAAAGGUGGUAACAGUGCGAAAUGUUACAUAAAUACUGUGAUGUGAAAUCUAUUAGGGCAAGGUCAGUGUCAUCUGCACAGGACAGAAUGAUCUUCCAUUUAGUGACCAACCAUUAUUCAUAUAUAACAGGAUGUUUUUGAAGAUGAAGUCGACUGGAACAAAAUGUGCUGAGGGAAGGAAUACCUCCUUUCCAAAUUGUACUUUCCGCGUAAUCUUCAGAAAUGCCAGACUGGAAAUGAUACUGAAAAUAACAAUGCGAAAAAGUACAAUUGGUAUUACUUCAUAGAGACUAGCCGUCUGGAUUGUACUGGGGCCUGUUCAAGACCGCGUACGCCCCCUUCUCGCAUUUACAACAGCAAGGCAACGUUGACAGUCUAGCACCUCUGAACACAGUAUUAGGCAACCGGCGACAGUAGACCGGCGCAUACCGAGCAUACCAAUCGCACGUUCAGGUUCAACAUUAGGAAGGCGUGUCAUGAGAACCUCAAGACUGUUAAUGUGUUUUUUCCACUCCGCGUGGUUCACCACAGUUGGAACCUGGUCAUUAUGUAUUCGCUCAUAUUAACUAUCCUGUACUACCCAUUUUCAAAUAAUUCAUUUAUCCAAGUGUCAAAUUAUGUUUUUGUUCAAUGUAUUUACCACUGAGGGUCUUACUACGGUGGAAUAAGGUUAUGUGUUCAUAGUAUUUUGAAUUGACUGUGACAAACAUUUGUUUAUUCCAAUUGCUUUUGAUGGCAAGAAUCUGCAUUUUUCUAUUGCAAGCUGAGGACAAAUAUUACUUGAAGUAUGUUCAUCCAUAUGAAUUAUUUCCUAACAUUCACAAUUUAGACGGUAUUAAACCCAGGGAAUGUGCCUAUCGACAGGGAAAAAGCCACAAUGGAUUUUUAUAUUUCCACAAUGCAGCUGUGAGGUGUUUUUUCAAAUGUUUUUUGCAGGUCAUUGGUAUGUUAGAGUUGUUUGUUGUUUAACGUUACUUUUAGCAAUUCUACACCUAUGAAUACAUGACACGUUUUAUGGAUAACAACUUCUUUUUUAUUCUUCAUACGACGUUUCAGAGCUAAUUUUUGCUCCUUCACCAGGUUACUGCAGAGUCAAUGCAAAGAGUAAAUAUAUAUAUAUAUAUAGAUAAAACUAUGUUUACACAAUGCAAGGUGGGAGAAAUACAAAGAUAACAAUAUAAAUGCGAGGCCAAUUGGUUUGGAUUAAUGUACAAAGAUAACAAUGUAUUGUAAUGACAAAGCCAAGGGUGCCGGUCGGGUGUGUUGAUGUACAAAGAUAACAAUAUAAAAGGAAGCCAAUUAGAUAGGAUUAAUGUACCAAGAUAACAAUGUAAGGAUGAAGCCAAGAGAUUAACGGUAAAGUAAUGAAAGACAAAUCCGACGCUUAUAGGACAUUAGAGUAUACACUAGGAAGGUAAAUGUCUUGGUCUCGGUUAAUGGCUGGCUACUGUCCCUGGAUCUCGUUGCUUUCUUGAAGUUUCCUAAUUUUCCAGUGGCUGAUCCUGGAGUGUAGAAUCUUGGUUUGUUGCCCGGAGAUAUGGUGGUCGGGAUUUUUGAUGAUGUGUUCCGAAAGGGCAGAUUUCAUGUUAGAUUUUUCUACAGUGCCACUGGUCUUAUGUUCUUUUAUAUUGGUGGCUAUGGGGCGUGACGUUUCUCCUAUGUAUUUGUCUCAGCUGUUGCAUGCAAUUUCAUGUUUAUCAUGUAACAUGUUUUUGGUGUUCUGUCUGAGGUGAAAGUGACGUCUAUUUUGUCUGUUCUGGUGAGCAGGUUGCUGAUCUGGUGACCUAUUGGACCUUGGUAUGGGAUACUGACGAGGGUUGGUGAUGGGGCUGGUUUGGACAGGUCAGAAUCUUUUUGCUGGGAGGCUAGGGUUUUGCGUAUGUUUUUUCCCCACAAGAUGUUUAGGGUAUCCGUUGAGGGCAAUGAAGGUGUGACUAAGGUGAUGAAUUUCUUGGCUGAGGCUGUAUGAAUUGAAGGUGGCUAUGGCUCGUCGGGUGAAGGUGGCAAUGGUGGCUUGUUUGAUCUGAGGGGGAUGUUUGACAGGUAGUGAAUGGACUGGUCCGUGUGGAUUGGUUUUCGGUAGACGGCACUGUGGAUGUUGUCUAGUUGUACAUCGAGGAAGGCUAAUUGGUGGUGCUUUUCUGUUUCAAUGGUGAAUUUGAUUCUGUGGUGAUGUAGGUUGAGCUGGUCCAGUAGGGCUUCGGGGUCCUGGUCUUUGUCCAGGAUGGUAAAUGUGUCAUCAACUUUUCUAUACCAGCAUAGGACUGGAAGGGGGACCACAUUUAAGCAGCUUCUUCAAAGUUGGUUUAAAUGAUAUUCUAUUACUGCUUUUUGCAGAUGAUGUUACCUUACUUGAUGACACUGUUAUUGGUUUACAAAGAAAACUUGAUACAUUGUAUCGUUUUUGCUCAAAAUGGGGUUUAGAAGUUAAUCUUGACAAAUCUUGUAUAGUAGUAUUUAGAAAUGGUGGAUAUCUUAAGAAAUCAGAAAAAUGGUUCUAUUAUGGAAACCAAAUGAAUGUUGUAUCACACUAUAAAUAUCUAGGUGUUGUUUUUACCACAAAAUUGAUAUGGUCGAGGACAUGUGAAACACCAAGUGUUCAAGACAAAAAAGCCUCGUUCCCUAUAUUUAAAAUGUUUAAAGAUCUUCCACAUAUAUCUUUGAAAGUUGCUUCAGCAAUAUUUGAUAGUAAGAUAUCCCCAAUAUAAUUGUAAU